AUGGUCCUACAGAGUUGGAAGCUGGGUUUGGUUUCGCUGGAACACAAGAAAGGUGCGCGGGACGACCCGGCCAAUUGGAGACCCAUUUGCCUCCAGCAGACAAUUUACAAGCUGUAUACAGGGGUUAUGGCGCGGCGGCUGGCGCGGUGGUUGGAUGCAAACGAUCGCCACGCACCCGGCCAAAAGGGUUUUCGUGCGGUCAAUGGAUGCGAGGAACACAAUUUUCUCGCAGCCACGCUGAUUGACAGUGCUCGCCGCAAGCACUGCCCGCUCUACGAAGUGUGGUACGACUUUCGUAAUGCGUUUGGAAGUGUACCUCUUUCGUUAUUAUGGGAUGUCCUGGCUCGGACGGGUGUACCGGUGGAAUAUAUUACGAUGUGCCAAGGCUUUCACUCCAUUGCGGCUUUUGUGGUUGGGAAUGCUGUGGAUGGUUCGACGGCGCUGAUUCAACAGCGUGUUGGUGUUUUUCAGGGGUGUCCACUGAUCCCGCACCGGUUCUCCGCGGCAAUCAGUCCCCUAUUGCACGCACUGGAUCGGCUGCAGACAUCCGGGGUCCAGCUUUCCAGUAAUGAUCGCCCUAGGGAAACGGCUCACGCCGACGACCUGAAAAUUUUUCCGAUUCGAAGGAUGGAAUUGUGGAGCAGCAUGGAUUGGUGUUUCGUUUCUUACAUUGGACUGGCAUGGCGGCCAACCCGCCAAAUGUCGCAGUAUGGGUUGUUGAAGGCGGUCAAGGUAUACUUAUACCCCCGUGUGGAACAUGCACUUCGGCAUUUGCGGCCAGACGAUCAGCACUUGGAGCGUUUUGACGUCCACCUUUGCCGUUUGGGUCUUACGACUCUGGUGGAGUACCAUGCCGCGCUGCAGAUUGCACAUGAGUGGCAGAUGCCCCACUCUGCUGACCCGGCGGUGCGGCGUGUUUGCACACCUGCCAACACCGGCUCCGGGACACCUACUCAGCUACUGCAGCUUCGCGUGCCUCACCAUGCGGGUUAUUUGGAGCACCGCAAUGUUCUCCGGCAGGUGAGGCAGCAUAUGAAGCUCUUGCGCUGGAAAGCUUGGUGUGCCCACAAGGACCAGGGAAAGACGGCCCGUGCUCAUGGUGGUUUGGGCAGUGGCUUCUUGACUCGUCCACGCGGUAUGUGGGGAAGCGAUUACCGUUUUGAUAUCGCCGCUCGACUAGAUAUGCUGGAUACAGUGAUGUUCUCUCGCGUCGACGCCUCCGUGCUCAUGCUCGAUGCCGGUACCCGGGCUGCAGGUGGAAAAAGUCGCUCGCCCAUGUUCUCAACCACUGCCCGGCAACCUCCUCAGAUCAUGUUAUCGAUCGCACAGCCACUUUGCGGUAGCGAAAUCCUCUACGAGUACGGUUGGCCGACUCGCAGUGUAAUGAGGACCCGACAGCAGCUUGCAUGUGUACAACGUGAGCAUACAAAACUAAUUCUUAAUCGACUUAAGCAGGAGCUUGAGCAUCGGAGGCAGAAGAUUGAGCAUCGAAAGCAGAAGCUUGAGUAUCGGAAGCAGAAGAUAGAGCAACGAGAGCAUAAUCUUGGACCGUGGUACUUGAUCAUAAACCUGCAUAGCAACACUUAG